CACUCUAAAAUACAAAAAAACUAAACCACAAUAAUACCAAAAUAUAUAUAUAUAUAUAUUUAUAUAUAUAGAAACCCUAAGUGCGUGAGUGAACUUUUUUUCCAGUGUCCGUGUGUGCGUGUGUUUGCCAGCUGCCAUGAAAGUGUGCAAUAAAUAGAAACUUGGGAAUUCUCCAACUUUUGACGACAAAAACUAGGAACUCCAAAUCGCAGUAACACAGUAAAGUGCAAAGUACCGUCGGCAAAAAUGCAGGCCACCAAAAUGCGAACGCCCUUCGCCAUUCAGGAGAUUCUGGGACUUGGCGCCUACCAACAACAGAAUAACAACAAUGCCAGUGCCACGCCCACAGAGGCGCCGCCCUCGCCGGCAGCCACGCCCCCGCCGGCUGCAAGUACGCCCGUUAAUGGGUCUUCUUUAACCGCCGGACAGCAGCAACAACAACAGCAGCAGCAGCAACAACUGCAGCAGCAACAGCAACAACAGCAGCAGCAGGUUAUAGACAACUUAAGGGAAUCCCGUUCGAUAUCGCCCGAUGUCUCCAGAUUAUCGGCGGCUGCAGCGGCUGCGGCGGCGGCCGCCGCCCACUGCCAACUGCCCGUCUUCAAUCCGGCCAACUUCUAUGCCGCCGCCGGAUAUGCCGCUGCAGCGGAUCCGGGAAACGCGGCGGCCGCCCACCAUCACCACAUGACCACCUUGGCGGCGGCCGCCUAUCUCCGGGGAUUCCUGCCGCCCGGAUUCAGUACGCCCCACGAGUUCCGGGGGCACUUUCAGCAGCACUUCGGCGCCCAGUUUGCAGAACAAGCUGCCGCACGUGGUCAGGAGUAUGCCAGCAGCUUGGCCAAUGCCAGUGGCGAUGAGCAGUCGCCCAGCAAAAAUAGCAGUUCUUCGGGCAACGGAUCCGGGGGCUCGGGAUCUGGAGGUUCUGGAGGAUCAGGAUCGGGAUCGGGAUCGGGAGCUAACCAGACCUCCAAUGGCCUGGGACAUUUGGGCUCGCCAACGACCAGCAAUGGUGGAUCUGGCGGGGGUACAUCUGGAUCGGGGGGAACUUCCGGUAGCAGCUCCGCCACAUCCGGCGGCAACUCUGUUGGAAACUCUGCCGGCAACCGCUCUUCGCCCGCUGGUCCGCAUCACUCGGCCGCUCUGGCCGCCCACCAACAUGCAGCGGCUGCUGCGGCCGCCGCUCAUCAUCAUGCCGCUGCCGCCGCCGCCGCCCAUCAUGCCCACCACGCCCACGCGCAGGCACACGCCCACGCCCACGGCCAUGCCCAUGUUCACGCCCAUGUCGCCCACGCCGCCCAUGCAGCCCACGCCCAUCACGCCGAGGCGUUUCUGGGAGCGGCCGGCGGGGCUGGAGGCAAUCCCAACAGUCUGCUGGCCGCCCAUGGCGGCGAUGUCCUGGUGGGUCCUGGCGGCACCGGACCCGGUGGCAAGAAGAAGAACAAGAGGCGCCACGGCAGGACGAUCUUCACCAGCAGCCAGCUGGAGGAGCUGGAGAAGGCCUUCAAGGAGGCCCACUAUCCGGACGUCAGUGCCCGGGAGCUGCUGUCCAUGAAAACCGGACUGGCCGAGGAUCGCAUUCAGGUGUGGUACCAGAAUCGACGGGCCAAGUGGCGGAAAACGGAGAAGUGCUGGGGCCACAGCACCAAAAUGGCCGAGUACGGACUGUACGGGGCAAUGGUGAGGCACUCGCUGCCCUUGCCGGAGACCAUCAUCAAGUCGGCCAAGGAGGACGAGUCGGUGGCCCCCUGGCUGCUCGGCAUGCACAAGAAGUCGCUGGAGGCCGCCGAGCUGCUGAAGAGCGACGAAAGCGACCGCGAGACCCCCACUUCCGAUGACACGAACACCAGCUACUCCGCCGGCAGCACCCACAACUCGCCGAUCUCCAGUUUCUCGAUCUCGCGGCUGCUAUUCGAUGCCCCACCGCCGGCGGCGGGCUCCAAGGGGCACGGGCAUGGGCACCAUCACCACCAGAAGGGGCACCACCACCACGCCCAUGUGCACGCCCAGGCGCAGGCGCACGCCCACAUGCUGUUGCACCACCAGCAGCAGCAGCAGCAGCAGCAGCAACAGCAGCAGCAACAGCACCAUUUGCAUGGCGCAGAGGUUUCCUUGCAGCAGCAGCAAGGAUCCGCAGCAGGAUCAGCGGCUGGGCCACCUGCCCACCAUCCCUACAAUCAGCAGCAGCACCUGCAUCACCUGCAGCAACUGCAGCAGCAGCAGCAGCAACAGCAGCAGCAGCACAACCACCACCACCAGCACCACCAGGUGCACCACAUGCACCACCACAAUGCAGCGGGAUACGCUGAGGCGGCGGUGGCCGCGGCAGCAGCCGCAGCAGCUGUUGCGGCCGCAGCAAAUGCCCGGAACGCAGCAGCCGCCGCAGCAGUGGCAGUGGCCAACGCAUCCGCAUCAGCAUCAGCAUCCGCAUCCGCAUCCGUGACCAUUGCCGAGUCCGAGGCGGAGGAGGAGCAGGACGACAUCGAGGACAUGGAACUGGACAAGGACUGCGAGGUGGAGGAGGAGGUGGAGCCCGUGGAUAACGAUCACAACAACGACAACGAAGGGGACGCAGACGCAGAUCCCGAAAUAGACAUUUGCGACGACCACGACGAGGAGGUGCGUCUGCAGGAGCAGCUCCUCUUGAAAGUCAAGCAGGAGCAGGCCCACCACGGACCCAGAUGAAACAUGUACAUCGAUGUGUUGUUCUAAGGACAACGAUAAAUAUAAAUAUAUAUACAAAUACAGGCUAAAUGCAAUGAACAUUAUUUCGAGCAGAAAUGAAAUGAGCUUUUUACACCGGGUUGCUGUGCUUUGACAUACAAAUACGCAACCCAGUGUAGAAAUCAUAUAUAAAUUAAACACAUUACAUUCAUAACUAAAAU